AUGAUCCCCGCCCAGCGAAACAAGGUCGACAUCUCGUCACUGAACGAAGAGGAGCAAAAGCUCUUCCGCCUCUACGGCAAGCUCCCCAAGAAGGAUCUGCUCCAGAACAAGCUCAAGGAGCGCAAGUACUUUGACUCGGGCGACUAUGCUCUCUCCAAGGCCGGCAAGGCGCCGCAGCAGUCGGUCGGUACCGCCAUCCCCAACCCAGAGAUGAUCCCUCACGCUUCCACCGUCACCUCGCCUGGUGUCAACGCCGUUUCGCCCACCGGUUCGUUGCCUGGCCAACAAGGUACACCUCAGUCCGGCCCGGUCAACGUGCCUGGGGCUGCUAGCCUUACGUCGCGCCCGCAGGUCAGCGCUUUCCCCAUCAGCGGAGCUGGCUCCAGCCCUGGUAAGGAGAGCAGCUCGCUCGGACGUGAGGAGCACGUCGUCAACGCCGACGACGCCAUGCAGGACUAA